AUGGCUGUUGAAUCGGUCGAUGUACAUGAACAGGUUUUAUCGUUAGCGCCAAGAGAGUUGUCACUACCACAGACGUCAUUUAAUAUAAACCGUAAUCUAGAAGAUUUAACACUUGUGUGGCUUGAUUCAAAUAAAGAUGAUUAUUUGAAUAGUAUUUCAACUUUGCGCUGUAUUAUUAAUUAUACAAAAUUUUUCACAAAUCCUAUUGAUUGUUUAAAUUAUAUUACUUCAAUAAAUAAGGAAAAAUUGUUCCUUGUUAUUUCUGGUCAAUUUGGCAAAGAGAUAGUACCAUUGAUCUUCCAAUUACCGCAAGUUGCAUCAAUUUAUAUAUUUUGUAUUGACUUAGGAGAACAUAAAAAAUGGGUGAAAGUCUAUGAGGCAAGGAUAAAAGGAUUCUUUAUUAAUAAAGAUUUAUUAUUUCAAAAACUCAUUAGAGAUGUUAAGUUAUAUUCUAAAAGUUUAUCAUCAAUCAGCACUUACUCACUGUCAUCGAAUGAGAAAAAACAAAAGUCAUUAGGAAAUUUAACAAAAGAAGAUCAUUUAUUUGUCUACAGUCAAUUAUUAGCUGAAAUAUUUUUACAAACCAAACGUACAUUAGAUGAGAAUACUGCACGACAAGAAUUACUUCAAGCAUGUCGAACUUAUUAUCAAGAAAAUCAACUUGAACUUGGUAAAAUUGAAGAAUUUGAAAAUACAUAUAGAGAAACAAAUGCCAUUACUUGGUAUACUAAAGAUUGCUUUUUAUAUCGUCUUAUUAAUAAAGCAUUGAGAACAGAAAAUAUUGAUAUUAUAUUCAAGUUUCGCUUUUUUAUUGCUGAUCUUCAUAAGCAAAUAAAAGAACUGCAUUCAGUAAACGUAAAAAAUCCGAAACAAAAACGUGAAUCGUUAACAGUUUAUCAUGGACAACUGAUAUCAGCUGAUGAACUAAAACAAUUGACAGUAAAUUCUCUUAUUUCAUUCAAUACUUUUCUUUCAACAACGACGUCACGUGAAGUUGCACUUAUGUUUGCUGGUGAUAAUUGUUUAUGUGUUGACGAUUUUCGAUCUAUUUUAUUUGAACUUGAAAUUGAAUGGAAUUCUUAUGCUAGCCCAUUUGUAAACAUAUCACAUUUAAGUUCGUUUGCUGACGAGGACGAGUACUUAUUUUCAAUAGGAAGUAUAUUUCGUAUUGAAUCAAUAGAAAAUCUGGUUAGUGGGACGUCACAUGUCAGACUAUUCUUAGAUCAUCAGAUAUCUAUGAACAUCAAAAACACUCUUGAGUUAUUUGGAGAUUAUCUUAACGGCACUCAAAUUAAUCUACUAGAAAAAUUUCUUUCCGAAACCGGAUCUGAUUGUGUUAAUAAACAGAGAAAUAUCCAACAACUGUUGAAAGAAUUCGAAAAAACCGCCUCGUAUCAUUUAGCUGUAUUCUAUGUUCACACCGGCUUUUUAAUUCAUUCAAAUUAUAGAAUGCAAUUAGAAUAUUAUGAAAAAGCGCUAGAUGCGAUACCAGUUACGAAUCGUCCUAUGCGUGCUCUUAUGUACAAUAGUAUUGCCGUAGUUUAUUACACUAAUUUCGACUAUAAAUCAGCAUUAGACCAUUAUGAACUAGCAAUUAAAGCUAAUACUGAUGCUUACUUGUUGAAUGAGGAAUUAAAUGAAAAAAUUAGUCAGAUCUAUGAUGAAUGCUCAUCUAGUUUAGGCUUGAAAACACUGAUAAACAGUGAAAAAUUUAUUCAAGAUCGUAUCAGAGCAAAUUUAUCCGAUAAUGAUCCAGCACUUGCAUCCUAUUAUGAUCAAAUAGCAAGAAUAUAUGAAGAAAAUCAGCUGUUUGAAUUGGCAUUAGAAAAUUUUAAAAAGGCCAUCCUUUCAUAUCAACAAUAUUUACCAUCGAAUCAUUUAAAAUUUCGUGAUUUAUAUGAAAGAAUAGGAAAUGUUUACGUCGGACAAUCGCAUUAUGUAUGGGCAUUAAAAAACUAUGAAAAAGCCAAAGAAUUCUGUCUGGCAGACGAUCAACCAUUGUGUGAAAAACUGAAGAAGAAAAUUGAAAAAGUCAACAUCCUUCGAGAAAAGCAGUUGUCAGACGAGACAAAGAGAACAUUGACAAGUGAUGAUGACCGUAAUCGACACAAGUGCCGGUAA